GGGCAAUUUCUGUUAAUCCUACGACGAUCACUUCAAACUCCUUUCUGUGUUACCUUUUUCGAUCAAAGCCUCUACUAUUGUUUGACGACCGCGUCGCCAUCUGUCAUGUCUUCAUACUGCUCGUCUGUCUAUAUAAAGCCCCGCUUUCCUACGCAUGUUGUCCACUUCCUACCACCUCUUUUUAUAUAUAUAUAUAUACCAUGAUCUCUACAUUCUUUGCCUGAAUGCUACGGAGCACGGGUAAUAACCUAUGAACUAGUUUUAAAGUCAACUGUGUGCUGUUAUAUUAUGGAGGCAUGGCCCUACGAGAUGGUCCAUAAAAUGAACUUGACACUUGGAACAAGGCAGCUCCUGACAUAUUGGCUACUCACACACUAUAUUUCUACCCCAACACUGACACUAACUUUGAUGCAGUCAAAGCCGUUCUCAAAGAGAGUGAAGUCUCUCUUUAUUCCUAUACGGCCUGUAGGUCCUCUUGCGAGGAAUUCGAUGAUAUGGAGGUGUUGGUCGAUAUGGACUCUCUCUUAAUUAUGAGUCGUUGCAUCAUCCAGAAUUACAGUGAUAGGCCUCGUUCAACGACCGAAACUAAAGGAGGAAGCCAACAUUUGCAGUCUCUGGCAAUUUCCGCAUCUAACAAUGGCACCGUCAUCGUUCUAGAACACAUGGGAAAUGGCAGACCAACUCGUACAGUAGUUAGGAGCUAUGAGCCCGGAGGACCGUCAUGCGAUUCUAAUGGAUCCAACGACAAUGGUGACUAUUCAUCACCAUCACAAACUUCGAUUGGCGCAGCUCUUUCUGACUCUGACGACGAAAGUGAUUCAGGGGUUGAUGUUAACUCUCGUCCUGAUAUUGGCACGCUUCCAAAACAGAUAGAAGCAGUUGUCAAAAAUGACCCAACUCCUACGAGCGUUCCAAGGCUGUUUUGGUACCACUGCAAGACGGAACCGACCUCCAUCAACAGCGUAUACGUACGUGUCAGGUCUCCCGGCCUCAUUUAUCGAUGGAAACCAGGGUCUACGAUCACAUUUAAUGUGAAUUGUGAUAGCUUCCCCAGCACUACCUAUAGGGAAUACGCCGCCGCUAGUCUCGAGAGGGCAGCCGAGGAAAGGAACAAGGGCAAGGUUGGCGUGCGGUUCGAAAGAAUCGCAGACGAAAAACCUGCCGUAUUCCAACUCAAAUAUUCUGAUUGUUGCCGAUGCCACCCAGACCACUUGGCGGUGUCUUUCUUCCCUAGAGACCCGCCCUCUGAUCGACGGCUAUGCGUGUACGGACCAGCUUUCGAAGACGCGCUAAUCCAUAAGCACAUGGCAGACAUUUUCUGCCAUGAGCUUGGUCACAUCCUUGGUCUGCGUCACGAAUUCGCACAGACGUGCCCGAAAGAGCAGCAAGAUCUGUCAGUACAGUUGGGCAAACGCAAUGAUUCAUCGGUUAUGAAUUACUUCGACCACCCGGGCCUGUUUCGCAUCCAGGAAACCGACUAUGAUGGCGUGAGACGACUUUAUGAGUCUUGCAAUGGUGGACUUGACGGAUACAAGAUUGUGGAUGAAUCUCCUAGACCUUUUGCACCUUUGUAACAUUUCUACCUAAGGCAAAUGUUAUACUUGCGAGCUUGCAAAGCUGCCUAUCACGCUAGAAUCUGUUAUGGGAAUCUAGCGGUAUAUUUCUAGUUUUAAAUGCGUGUAAUUGCCCUAAGAAGAUAUGUUCGUGGAGUUCUCGUGAGCCGUUAGUAUGAAAGUAUACGU